AUUGAAGGGUCCGAUCUCUCUUAUUUGUUCUUCGUGUGGAGCCUCUUGGAUCUGUUAAACACCGUGAUCGUUCUGCGUCGUCUGCAACAUUCGUAUAACAUUUUUUCCUUACAGGACAAACGAACGCAGAGUUGUAAUUGUUAACUGGAUUUCCUGUAAGAAAACCUUUUGAAGUUGAAGAAUUGCCAUCUUCCCCGUUUACUUUAAAUUGUAAGAAUGGAAGGAUCUGUGUUUACACCCUCCCUGGAAGGAAUGAAGCAUGUAAAGUCUGAAGAAGGGGAAAUGCUGACCAAGCCUUUCUUGGAUGUCUGCAAACUGAUAUUGCCUGUUAUAGAUAAGUUUGGAGCUGCUAUGACACUUGUAAAGACGGAUAUCAGCGGUAAUAUUUCGAGGUUGGAAUCCAAAUAUUCUUCGAACCCUUCAGAAUUCAACCUGUUGUACAGUAUGGUUCGAGUAGAGAUCGAAGCUAAGACAGCAAAAGCUUCAUCCAGUUGCACCAAUGGUCUUCUCUGGUUAACAAGGGCAAUGGAUUUCUUGGUGGAACUGUUUCGCAACUUACUGGAGCAUGCAGAUUGGACCAUGCCUCAAGCUUGUACAGAUUCCUAUAACAAAACCUUGAAAAAAUGGCAUGGAUGGCUUGCCAGUUCCAGUUUCACUGUUGCCAUGAAACUUGCUCCAGAUAGGAAGAAGUUCAUGGAGGUAAUAGGGGGAAAAGGUGAUCUCAACGCAGACAUUGAGAAAUUUUGUUCUAACUUUGCUCCGCUUCUUGAAGAGAAUCACAAGUUCUUGGCUAGUGUUGGCUUGGACGACCUGAAAGCUUCCUGAUGAGAGAGGUCUUUCUGCUCCUGAACAACGAAGGUCUUACUAUUGACAAUCCUGUAUUUCUUGCAAUCUCAAGCAUAAAAGAGGUCUCCUUUUGGUCCAGAUAAACAGAGACCUUAGUUUUAAAAAUCCUGUAUUUCGCAACCAUAAGCAUAACUCUCUCUUCCUGGUUCCCUUUAACGAGUUGGUUGUGCUUGGAAAGAGCACUGAUAUGGUAAGCACA